UGUCGAGCACGGGCUUGACGAUGUUCACUGCGAGAUCAAGGAGUUCAGGCUCUUAAACCUCGUCAAGGUCCUACAGCAAGACGCACACGACCAUCCUCCCGAAUAUCAGUAAUAUAUGUACCAGCUUUCCGAUCAGCUGGGAACCGCCAUUACGAGCUCAGACAAGCCCCGUCAGGAAGGCACAAAGGGGAUCUAUUUACGCCGAACCAGUAGCAAGCCCGCCAAUAUAUUCGCGCUAACCUGCCGACAUGUCUGCUUUAUCAGCUCUGAGGUGGGUAGUCGGUUGUCAGGAAAAGAGACGCUACCUAGCAAGCCCGUCAUCCAGCUGCCAGAGAGGGCAUACAAUAGAUACAUGGGCUCACUAGAGACCUCCAGAAACAGGGUAACUACAGCAAUCUAAUACACAGAGCAGAAACAAGAGGCUUACUACGUUAAUUUAUCUAUAAAUAUUACUAAACUUAAAGGC